AUGUCAACAGAACAGGAUGGACCUGCUCCGGAGGCCACUCCACAGCCAGCUAAGAAGCCCGAGAAGCCCCAAGUUCCUCCGAAGAAGGAAAAUGGUCCAAAGAGCGAGGCAGUAGACGCUUCGAAGCCACAGAAACCUUCUGGUGCUGAGCUAAAAGCGAAAGCCAAGGCCGAGAAGGCUGCAAGACGAGCACAAGUCAAGGCUACAAAAGAAGUGGUCAAGGUAGAAUCUGCUGUAUCCUCAUCACCUGGUCAACAAGGCCCAUCUGUAGGCGAAGUCAAGGGCGGGAAAGCGAAGGGUAAACAAGAUGGCAACUCGGCUACUGCACCAGGAGCAACAGGGCGACCAGUAUUGUCUAAGGGACUGUCCUCUAUCGCUCCGGCCGAACCAAAGUUUACUAUCCCCGAAUGCUUCAGCCAUCUUUCUAUGGCUAAGAGAAUUCCCAUGACACAAGCAGACAAAGAUGUCCAUCCAUCUGUCUUGGCACUUGGCCAGCAAAUGGCUACCUUCACCAUUGAUGAAAGCAUUACACGCCUGAAAGCUACCUUACUAGCCUUUAAAAAGGUUAUUGAUUCCUAUACCACACCCCCUGGGAACACGCUCGCAAGACAUUUAACACCACACGUCCUGAAUCCUCAAAUAGAGUACCUUACUGCAUGUCGACCCAUGUGCUUUUCUAUGGGAAACGCGAUUCGUUGGCUCAAAUUACAAGUAAGCAGGAUCGACCCAGAUGUGCCCGAGCAAGAGGCGAAGAGGGAACUAUGCAGCAGCAUAGACACCUUCAUACAGGAGCGAAUCAGCAUGGCCGAUCUUGUCAUCACCGAGAAGGCCGCAGAUAAGAUUCAGGAAGACGACGUGGUGUUGACUUAUGGCCGCAACAGCAUGGUAGAACGUGCUCUUCUUCAUGCCCGUCUGAUCGAGCAAAAGAAGUUUACAGUCACUGUCCUUGACGAUCCAUACGAGAAGAAGGGCCAGACGCUUGCAAAGAACCUUACCGCAGGAGGCAUCAGAGUGACAUACAGUGGCGACUUUGGUGGAUUAAGAUGGCAUCUAAAAGGCGUCAGUAAAGUGAUGGUUGCUGCUGAGGCCAUGUUCAACAAUGGAUCCAUGUACGCAAGUUCAGGGACUUGUGACAUCGCCAUCGCUGCAAAGGAAUUGGGUAUACCAGUUCUUGUUUUAUGUGAGACGAUCAACAUUACGGAGAGAGUUGCGACCGACUCCCUGACAUACAACGAGAUCGAUCCCGAAAGAAGCUCAGGCGCAUCUUUCAGACUGUUGUAUGACACCACUCCGGAUAAGUAUCUGUCACUUGUAUUAUCAGAACUGGGUACGGUACAGCCUACAUCUGUAUCAGAUUUGCUGCGUAAACUCGAAGAGUCCAACUAG